CCUGGGCGGUGGGCGCUGCACGAAGCGCUUUCUCGGGGCUCCGCGUCCCCGCUCCUGCAGGCUCAGGCCGGGGGCGGAGGGGGACCGGGGUCCCAGGGCCAGGCCUCCCCUGUGAGGAUGUAGACUGGGCAAAGAAAACUGGCUCUUGGGGCUUUUCGGCCCCAUUCCUUCAUUUGGCCCACAGCACUGAACCGCUUGCUGCCCGGCGAACUGGGGAGUAAAGAUGAGAGCGAGACCGUGACUCAACGGCUGGUGAAGGGAGGUGGCCUGUGAAGCAAGAAGAGAAACCUCUGGACGGCCUCUGAGAAGUUUCAAGCACAAUCUUGAAGUGGGCCACCGUAUCUGUGAACUACAAUCUGUACUUGGAACCACAAAAGAGAGUAUAAACAUUUAAAGACCCCCGCAGCAACCUGGAGGAUGGACUUUCCCAUGGGUGCUGGAGCAGCAGCUUACAAUGAAAAAUCAGGUACGAUUACUUGGCUCUCACUCUUGUUUCAGAAAGUCUUUGCUCAGAUCUUUCCUCAGUGGAGAAAGGGGAAUACGGAAGGAGAAUGUCUCCCCGACAAGUGCUCAGAGACUGAUACUCUCAGAGAAAAUGAUAGUUGGCAAAUUCCCAUUAAUCACCAUGACUUCGAAAUUUUAAAAAAUAAUGAGAGGCAGCUGCAUGAAGUCCUCCAGAAAAAGUUUCUCUGUAUCUCUACCCUGGUCUCUCCAGCCCUGAAAGGCAACAGCAAAUCUCUGCAAGUGUUCAGAAAAAUGCUGACUCCUGGGCUAGAGUUAUCUGUCUGGAAGGGUGACCUAACCCAACAUGCUGUUGAUGCUGUGGUGAAUGCAGCCAAUGAAGACCUUCUACACGGGGGAGGCCUGGCCCUGGCCCUGGUGAAAGUUGGUGGCCCUGAAAUCCAAGAAGAGAGCAGAAGAGUCAUUGUCAGUUAUGGUAAAAUACCAACUGGUGAAAUAGUUACCACUGGAGCAGGGAGGCUUCCCUGCAAAGUGAUCAUCCAUGCUGUUGGGCCCCGAUGGAGGGCAGCGGAUCCACAGGGAUGUAUCACUAUGCUGCAGAGGGCCAUUACAAAUAUUCUGGAUUAUGUCAUCUAUAGAAAUACUCUCAUUAAGACAGUAGCAAUUCCAGCCCUGAGUUCUGGGAUUUUCCAGUUCCCUCUGGAUUUAUGUACACAGACCAUUGUAGAAACUAUCCAGUUUAAUUUGCAAGGGAAGCAAAUGUUCGGUAAUUUGAAAGAAAUUCACUUGGUGAGCAAUGAGGACCCUACUGUUGCUUCCUGGAAAGCUGCUUCAGAACACAUCUUAGGGAGGAAUGAGCUGGGCCCCUGGUUGAGUCAAAAAGCCACCCAUCCUCUCAAUACAAUGGUUAUGAACAAUCUGACUCUCCAGAUUGUCCAGGACCACAUUCAACUGCAAUUGACAGAUGUAAUUGUUAAUUCUGUACAUCAAACUGGUGUUGGUGUAGGACUUCUGUCAAACUCAAUUCUACAACAAGGAGGAGCUGAAAUGAAAUGGGAAUUGGAUAAAAAUUCUAGACUGGUUGAAGAUUCCCAGUUUGUAGUGAUCACGAAAGGAUAUAAAUUGCCCUGUCAAUAUGUAUACCACGUAAUUUGGCAUUCUGGAUGUCCUCAAUAUCUGACAUUGAGAAAUGCAGUGAGGAAGUGUUUGGAAAAAUGCCUUGAGCUAAAUAUAACUUCCAUUUCCUUUCCUGCCCUUGGCACUGGAAACCCUGCCAUAGGGAAGGAAAAAGCAGCAGAGAUAAUGUUUGAUGAAGUUUUAACAUUUGCCAAAGACCAUUUGAAAAACCAAUUCACUGUAAAGUUUGUGAUCUUUCCAGGACAACUGGAGAUAUAUGAGGUUUUCAGUGCUGAAAUGGCAAAGAAAUCCAAGAUGCUGGGUCUCAACAGUUAUAGUGUCCCUCAGUUGACCAGAGAGGAGAAAAGAGAAAAUGGACUUGAAGCUAGAUCUCCCGUCAUCAACUUGACACUAUGCAACAAGGAAGAGAUGUGUGAGGCCAAGGCAUGGAUCCAAAGAAUACUGACCCUCCGGGACCAGCACAUCAUUAAGAAUAAUCAUAUUCUGUACCUUGGGAAAGAGGAACAUGACCUUUUGUCUCAGCUUCAGAAAACCUCAAAUGUCUCCAUCUCAGAGAUUAUCAGACCGGGAGAGGCAUGGUUAGAGAUUAAAGGAGCCCAGGCUGACCUCAUUGAGGCGGUUCUGCGCGUUGAACAUAUGCUGUGCAAAGUUCAGGAGGAAGUGGCAAGAAAAAAGGAGCAAGGCCUUUGGAGCUUAUUAGGACAAUGGACUCAUCAGCAACCAAAAAGCCAGGAUGAAAUGAAAGAAACGAAUAUCAGGUUUCUGAAAUAUUCAGUGCCUUUAACUCAAGAACUUCAGGAUCAAAAGAAACAGUUUGAAAAAUAUGGUUUGCGGGUUAUAAAGGUAGAGAAGAUAGAGAAUGAAGUUCUCAUGACUGCCUUCCAAAUGAAGAAGAAAAUGAUGGAAGGGAAAUCACAUAGGAAACCUGUGAGCCACAUACUGUUUCAGCAGGUCCCACACCAGUUCUGCAAUGUGGUAUGCAGAGUUGGCUUUCAGAGAGUGUACUCAGAGCCCUGUGAUCCAAAAUAUGGAGCUGGCAUAUACUUCACCACGAACCUCAAAACCCUAGCAGACAAGGUCAAGAAAGACUCUGCCACAGAUAAGCUGAUCUAUGUGUUUGAGGCUGAAGUACUGACAGGCUUUUUCUGCCAGGGUCAGCAGUUAAAUAUUGUCCCCCCACCAUUGAGUUCUAUAGUUAUAGAUGCUCAUGACAGUGUGGUUGACAACAUCUCCAGCCCUGAAACCUUUGUUAUUUUUAGUGGCAUACAGGCUAUGCCCCGAUAUUUGUGGACUUGUAUUCAGGAUCAUGUAUCAUUACAGGAUUACUCAUCAGGACCAAUGUUAUCACAGGGGCCUUGGGGGAGAGUCACAAGUGGCAGCCCAGUUGAUUAAUCUCCACAUCAUUUUAAUAAAUGGCAUGGCCUUACUUUGGGGGAACUAACCAAAUAAUGACCAUCAAUGACUCAAAGAGUAGUUUGAAUAUGUCAAGUGGGUUAUCUGUAUGGACUGACUGGGUUAUUGAAGGAACUGGCCACAUAGUAUUACCUUAGUGCCUCAUCUUGGUUUUUAUCUCUUGGGGUUGGGGUAGGUAGAUACCAACUAAAACACUCUCAGGACUGUUUGUUCUCCUUGCAGUUGUUCUUUCAUCUCCUUUACUAGAGGUAACAGCAGCAAAAAUGUUUUACAUGUAAUGAAGAGACCUUUCUAGUAUAUAAUCUAAGCCUUUUAAAAAUGAUGAGAGUAUAAACUAUUAGGGCAGCAGAAUGAUUUUAGAUUUUUCCAGAGAAUCUUAUAAAGUACUUUAGAUGUCAAAAUAACCUUUGUCUGAAUAACAGGCUCUGAAAAACUAUGUCUUGAAAUAAAUGAAAUAAUUUGAAGUAGAAGGACAUAAAUAGGUUGAUAUUCUGUUUGGAUUCAGCCAUAUCAAGCAAUGCCACUCAAGCACCAUGAGGCCAAAUUAUUAAUUCACCAAAUAUUUACUGAUCACCAGAUAUGUCUCAGUCACUUUGUGGGUACUAGGGAUAUGAUGCUGGAUAAGACAAAUGUCUUCACAAACCUUUUAGCUUAAAUAAUCAGAAAGGCAGCUAUGGACAACUUGAGUGUGAUUUGUUAUAAUAAAAAGAGAAUUACAGUCUCUUUGGAAAAAUUUAAGAGGGAGAGGGAUAAAUUAAUCACAGGUUGAGGGAAGGCCACCAACUGAAGUGAAAUUCAAGCUGAGACCAUAAGGGAUGUAGCAAAUUGGGAGCAGUCAAAAGUAUUUUUGGCAGAGAGAAUAGCUUUUAUAAAGGCUGGAUCCACUGUGACUGCCCAAAUUUGACUACAGAGUUCUAUUUGUGAUGUAGAGGCCAGCUAAUCACAUUAUGCAUCUCUUACCUACUUUAAAAUCCAUAUUUCUCUGUGCUUCUAAACUCUUCUGACCACACAUCCUCUUCCUUGUCUUACCUUAACCAGUAUUAUUGUCUAAUAUGGUACUGCCCUUGGAUCUGUGGUUUGAAAGGUUCUCUGCCUUGGGCCCCUUGCUUGAGAUGGUCCCAGGCUAGCCCUCCUCCAAUGGUGCCCAUCCGCACAACGUGGAGGAGUCCACAGGGCUUAAGAGAAUGGAUCCAUCUGGAGUCUGCACUGCUCACUCCUAAACCACCCACUAGGUAUCUGGAACCCCCAAUUUUCCUGUUUAAACAGUUCUGAUUUUACUUCUUGGGCCUGACUGGGACUCAUUCUUGUGUUUUUCCUCCCAAGUGUGGACUAUGCCAGUCUGUAUCAAGAGUGGCCAAUGUCAGGGAUGGGGCUUGGACAUGGAUGGGGGCUGAGGUGUACACAUGUGUGAGGCCUGUGGUGCAGAGCUGAGAGUGAGAGGACAGAUUUGAAAGAUCUAGCUUAAGUUUAAUAGGAAUUUUAACAGAGAAUGGAGGAGGGGCAAUGUUUGCAAGAAUUAAAAAAAAGAAAGAAAUCUAUAACAAGAAACAGUGAAACUGUAGACCACCAAAGAGGUGAUCUUAAAAGCAGCCAGAGAGAACAGCCAAAUCAUCUAUCAAGGAAUGAGAAUUAGACUGACAGCAUACUUUUUGUGGUAGGCAGAAUAAUGUCCUCCCCCACUCUGCCAAGAUGUCUACACUUUAAUCCCCUGAACCUGUGAAUGUAUUACCUUACAUUGCAAAAGGACUCUGCAGAUAUAAUUAAGGUUACACUUAAAAUGGGAAGAUUAUCUAGAAUUAU